CUGAUAGCCCAUGUGAUGCUAUGGUGACAGCAUCCACACUGCAAGAAUAUGGCUGGCUGGUUUAAGCCACUUUGGUGCCUGAGGAAAUAGCUUCUCAAAAUGGAGGACGGGAAGCCUGUUUGGGCUCCACACCCCACUGAUGGCUUUCAGAUGGGGACUAUUGUGGAUAUUGGCCCUGACUCCCUAACGAUUGAACCCUUAACUCAAAAAGGCAAGACGUUUCUCGCUGCAAUCAACCAAGUAUUUCCUGCAGAGGAAGACAGCAAGAAGGAUGUGGAGGAUAACUGUUCUUUAAUGUAUUUAAAUGAAGCCACACUCCUACAUAAUGUAAAAGUUCGAUACAGUAAGGACAGAAUUUAUACGUAUGUCGCCAAUAUCCUGAUAGCGGUGAAUCCUUACUUUGACAUGCCUAAGCUUUAUUCUUCAGAUGUUAUUAAAAAAUACCAAGGUCGGUCUCUUGGAACUUUACCGCCUCAUGUCUAUGCAAUUGCUGAUAAAGCAUUUCGUGACAUGAAAGUGCUCAAGAUGAGUCAGUCAAUCAUUGUGUCUGGAGAGUCAGGAGCUGGCAAGACGGAAAACACUAAAUUUGUUUUACGGUAUUUGACGGAAUCCUAUGGAAGUGGGCAGGAUAUUGAUGACAGAAUUGUAGAAGCCAAUCCACUUUUAGAAGCUUUUGGAAAUGCAAAGACUGUUCGUAACAACAAUAGUAGUCGCUUUGGAAAAUUUGUAGAAAUUCAUUUCAAUGAAAAGAAUUCAGUGGUUGGUGGAUUUGUGUCACAUUAUCUGCUGGAGAAAUCCAGAAUCUGUGUUCAAGGCAAAGAGGAAAGGAAUUACCAUAUAUUUUACAGGCUUUGCGCUGGAGCCCCUGAAGAUAUAAGAGAGAAAUUGUAUUUAAGCUCACCAGAUAAUUUCAGGUAUUUAAAUCGUGGCUGCACUCAAUACUUUGCUACCAAAGAAACAGAUAAGCAAAUUUUGCAGAAUCGCAAAAGUCCUGAGUACCUGAAAUCAGGAUCGUUGAAGGAUCCUCUGCUAGAUGACCAUGGAGACUUCAUCAGAAUGUGCACUGCAAUGAAGAAGAUUGGCUUGGAUGACGAAGAGAAACUGGAUCUCUUCCGAGUGGUUGCUGGUGUCCUACACCUUGGAAAUAUUGAUUUUGAAGAAGCUGGGAGCACCUCUGGUGGGUGUACACUGAAGAAUAAAUCUAGUCGGUCAUUAGAAUGCUGUGCUGAGUUACUUGGCUUGGACCAGGAUGAUCUGCGGGUCAGUUUAACCACCAGAGUUAUGCUUACAACAGCAGGGGGCACCAAAGGAACAGUUAUAAAAGUGCCCUUGAAAGUCGAACAAGCAAACAAUGCUCGUGAUGCCUUGGCAAAAACAGUCUACAGUCAUCUUUUUGAUCAUGUGGUAAAUCGGGUAAAUCAAUGUUUUCCUUUUGAAACGUCAUCCUUUUUUAUUGGAGUUCUGGAUAUUGCAGGCUUUGAAUAUUUUGAACACAACAGCUUUGAACAAUUUUGUAUUAACUACUGUAAUGAGAAGCUGCAGCAGUUCUUUAAUGAAAGGAUUCUCAAAGAGGAACAAGAACUUUACCAGAAAGAAGGUUUAGGUGUUAAUGAAGUACGUUAUGUAGAUAAUCAAGACUGUAUAGAUCUGAUUGAAGGAAAAUUAAUUGGUGUUCUUGAUAUCUUGGAUGAAGAAAACCGUCUUCCCCAGCCAAGUGAUCAGCACUUUACAUCGAUGGUACACCAGAAACACAAAGAUCACUUCAGACUCUCAAUACCUAGGAAGUCUAAACUGGCUGUUCAUAGAAAUGUCCGAGAUGAUGAGGGCUUUAUUAUCAGACACUUUGCAGGAGCCGUAUGCUAUGAAACAAUGCAGUUUGUAGAAAAGAACAACGAUGCUCUACACAUGUCCCUUGAAUCUCUUAUAUGUGAAUCCAAAGAUAAAUUUAUCCGUCUACUCUUUGAAUCUAACACUAACAACAAUAAAGACUCUAAACAAAAAGCAGGAAAACUUAGUUUCAUCAGCGUGGGAAACAAAUUCAAGACUCAGCUAAACCUGCUCCUGGAAAAGCUUCGCAGUACUGGAUCUAGCUUUAUUCGCUGCAUUAAGCCUAAUCUAAAGAUGACGAGCCACCAUUUUGAAGGUGCCCAGAUUCUGUCGCAGCUCCAAUGUUCAGGCAUGGUGUCUGUUUUGGAUUUGAUGCAAGGUGGCUUCCCAUCACGAGCUUCCUUCCACGAGUUGUAUAACAUGUAUAAAAAAUAUAUGCCUGCAAAACUGACCCGAUUGGAUCCUAGGCUCUUCUGCAAGGCGCUCUUCAAAGCCCUUGGUUUAAAUGAAAACGAUUACAAAUUUGGAUUAACCAAAGUGUUUUUUAGGCCUGGCAAGUUUGCAGAGUUUGAUCAGAUCAUGAAGUCUGACCCAGAUCACCUUGCUGAGUUGGUUAAACGAGUCAACCAUUGGCUCAUCUGCAGUCGUUGGAAGAAGAUUCAGUGGUGUUCUCUCUCUGUUAUUAAAUUGAAAAACAAAAUAAGGUACAGAGCUGGUGCCUGCAUUAAAAUACAAAAGACGAUUCGUAUGUGGCUAUGCAAGAGAAAGCAUAAACCACGCAUUGAUGGCCUAAUAAAGGUUCGGACACUGAAGAAGAGGCUUGAUAGAUUCAAUGAAGUGGUAAAUGCUCUGAAAGGGGGGAAAGCGGAGGUGAACAAGCAGAUCACGGAUCUUGAAAUGUCUAUUGAUGCCUUGAUGUCCAAGAUUAAGGCCACAGUAAUGCCGAGAGAGCAGAUACAGAAGGAGUAUGACGCUCUGGUUAAAAGCUCAGAACAACUCCUGAGUGCACUACAGAAAAAGAAACAGCAGCAGGAGGAGGCAGAAAGGCUACAACGCAUCCAGGAGGAAAUGGAAAAGGAGAGGAAGAGGCGUGAGGAAGAGGAGCAGCGUCGGAAGAAGGAAGAGGAAGAAAGGCGACUGAAAUAUGAGAUGGAAGUAAAGAGAAAACAGGAGGAGGAGGAGAGGAAGAAAAGGGAAGAGGAAGAAAGACGAAUUCAGGCUGAAGUUGAGGCACAGCUGGCGCGAGAGCGUGAAGAAGCAAGCCAGCAACAGGCAGUUCUAGAACAAGAACGAAGAGAUCACGAGCUCGCAAUGAGGAUUGCACAAAGUGAGUCGGAACUCAUCACAGAUGAAACUCAGCUAGAUCCAGGAUUACGCAGAGACAAUGGAACAAGUUGUCAAAUGACUGCGGAACAAAUGGCCACUGAAAUAUCAGACAUUUUAUCUAGGGGACCUUCAGUUCAAGCCACCAAAGCUGCAGCUGGCACUAAAAAGCAUGACCUUAGCAAAUGGAAAUAUGCAGAGUUACGAGAUACAAUCAAUACUUCUUGUGACAUUGAACUGCUGGCAGCUUGCAGAGAAGAGUUUCACAGGCGUCUAAAAGUUUACCAUGCUUGGAAAUCCAAGAAUAAGAAGCGCAAUACAGAUGCGGAACAGCGAGCUCCCAAAUCAGUUACUGACUAUGAUUUUGCUCCAUUUAUGAACAACUCAACUCAACAGAACCCAGCAAGUCAAUUAUCUGCCAAACAGCAGGAGAUUGAAAUGAACCGGCAGCAGCGUUACUUCCGUAUUCCUUUCAUCCGUCCAGCGGACCAGUACAAAGACCCCCAGAACAAGAAGAAAGGCUGGUGGUAUGCCCAUUUUGAUGGACCAUGGAUUGCUCGUCAAAUGGAGCUCCAUCCUGAUAAGCCACCCAUCUUGCUAGUGGCUGGCAAGGAUGACAUGGAGAUGUGUGAGCUCAAUCUUGAAGAGACAGGCUUGACUCGUAAACGUGGCGCUGAAAUUCUACCAAGGCAGUUUGAAGAGAUUUGGGAACGCUGCGGGGGCAUCCAGUACCUUCAGAAUGCAAUUGAGAGUAAACAAGCUCGGCCUACUUACGCAACUGCUAUGCUGCAGAACUUGUUGAAAUAAAGUAGUCACUUUGCACCUUUCACAGUUGGCAGUUGAAAGCUCCUCCUACCUUAACACUAAAGGGAAGUGUUCCUCUGAGCAGCAGAGAACACUUAAAACAUUCCGUAAUCUUAGACAGAUGUUUAAUAUAAAGUAAACAAAUUUUAUUAAUCAUGACGGUUUUUAAUUGUACUUCUGAUGUUUUAAUUUGUGUAGUGAACUCAUGAGUUCUGUUGAUCUAAGCGUUUCAGACACGUGACGUACGUGGUUUGCUUUUUGUUCAUAUGCUGAUUCUUCUAUGUAGUGUCUAUCAUAGUACUAAGUGUACUGUCAUAUAAAGUAACACACUACCAGGAUCUAAGCACAUGAUACCAUGAAUUGCAUUUUGACUUCAUGUCAUAGCAUACGUUUCCUUUUGACAUAAGGAGGUCCAUUUCUGGAAAGUUAUUUUUGUCAGGAUAAUAUAGCAAAAAGAGAAUGUUGCAUCUUGCAACUGGAGUUGUGAGGCCUUAACUUUAACUUCUUUUGUAGAGGUUAAAGCAACUUUUUGGGGGUAAAAGAUACUAUGGUGAUUUCUGAAAGUUGCUUGAUUCACGUAUACCUUUUUGGCAAUGUGUUCUUGGGAAAUGUGUUCUAGGUAGAAUGCAGAUUUCACCACACUCUUUGGGAGCAGGAUGCUUGCAUUUGAAGUACCUCAGCCACAGAGGCAUGGAAAUGUUUGAGUUCAAAUUUAGGGGGGGGGGGGUUGUGGUGUAUUUUUCCCCUUGUUAACUUUUUUACACUAUUAAUUUGUUGAGGCAAUUCAUUUUUAUUUUUCUGUCACAACAUUCUUGGAAAUACUUCCUCUAUUUAUCCAAGUAAAAUUAAGUUAGAUAUAUUUUACAAAUAUUACCAGAGAUACAUCUCUAGCUACAUUGAGGAUUGAAAGCAUAAGGGAAAUGUGUUCUGUUUUCUAAGGCUGUGAAGCCUAAUUGGAAUAGAACAGGCUGCAUUCUUAGCUCCUUUUCUACUUCAAUGUGAUGCACAUAGAUUAGAAGGCUUGUGUAAGAAUUUUUCAAACCAUUGAUAAGUGGUGCAGCACUGAAAUUUCUAAUUACAAACCUAUGGUGCUUCAAAUAACUUAAUUUCAUAGAGUUAAAGUAAUAAAACUUUCUCUUCUGAUCUUACAGAUUUUUUUUGUAACUAAUCUCUCAACUUCAGGCUUUGUGGGUUUCUUUCUCUUUUUUGUCACAGUACCCUUGAUGGUAAUUAAAAUUCUUAUGUGUAGGGAUUUCUUGUAUCACAUAGAUUUAAGUUGCCUUUACUGAUGAAGCGGAUAGCCCCAGUGUUGGCAAGCAUCAACAGAUUAAGCCUUACUGUUAUCUAACUGUUAGGAGAUUUGGGGAAACAAGACAAUUGUCCAACUGGAAAAAAAAAAACCCUCUGCUUAAAAACACGAUCUCUUUGGAGAAGUGAAGAACAGAUUUUUUUCAUUCUUAUUAUAUUUAAAAAUUGAUUACAUUUCUGGGCUCUAAGUAUUUAAAACUUCAAAUACACUUUAUGUAUAUACUGUCAUUGCUGCUUUAUGACACAGCUUGUUUGGUGGCAAAAUAAUUUUAAACAGUGUAGCAACUCUAAAGGAUAGGGCUAAUCUCCCCUAUGACUGCCAGGAUUUUUAGAGGGAAAUAGCUGGGUAUCAUGUAAACAGGGAACAUAUUUUUUGGCCUGUAGUCUUAAUGAAGAUGAUAACUAAUGAGUAUGUCAAGAAAGUGUAACUGGUUCUUGGAACUGUGGACUGGUUUUCUAGUCCAUGCUCUAGAACACCAGAUAACAAUUGGCUCGCUGGCAGUUGGUCACCAUCAUGUGGAAGGCUUUGUUCAAGUCCCUCCCCAUGCACACACCCCACAACAGCCGAUGGGCAUUGCCAAAUAUUACAACAGCGAGGUUCCACAUGCAAUUUUGAUCCAGCAGUAGCAAAGUGUGGAUGCAAAGAAUGUCAUCCUUGUAUGGAGUGCAUUGUGUACCAGAUGGCAGGAUUUAACUGUUAAUAAAAUUGUAAAUAACUAAAGGUACUUCUUCUAGCUAAAGUGGUGGGCUCUAAUUUCCAUCCAUUCAAUCCCUUUUGCAGUUUCCCAGAUCAGCUAUCAUUCUGGAGUAUCCUGUAACCCAUGGGAGCAGUUUUUUGGAAUGUGUGCUAGAUGCUGGGGAUAGAUGGGUAAGAGUCUGGUUUCGCCUGUAUGCAUCUUAAAAAUCCAAGCCAGUCUACACAGCCAUUUGUUCUGGGGUCGUGUCUCUCUUCCUCCAAUGGUUUUGCAUAUAUUGUGCUUGGUGGAAAGUAACCUGUGCUCCUAGAAGGCUGCUUCUGCACUUGGUGAAUCCUUCUUAGAUCAGGAUGAUGAAUACAAGUUGAGUGUUCUGAUAAAUUAAUCGGGAUAACGUGUCAAACUAAAAUAAUAGUAAAUCAAGUUCUCAAACCACCAUAUGAGAGAGGCUAGUUUAAUACAAUUAUUGGCCUCAUAAAAUUUUCUCUAUUACUUUAACAACGUCUCUCUUGUUUGGUUACAUUUCUCUUGCCUUAGUUGUUACAAUUAAUGCCCAUGCCUAUAGUUUAAACACUGGAGACAGUGUGUUGUGAAGAACUGACAAUGAAGAAUUGAUUCAAUCUUACCACAUGAGUUUUCCCCGCCUCUCCCAAUUCCAUAUUCAGAUAAGAUGAAAAUGCAUUUUGAUUGAUGAAAUUCUCCCUAUUUUUCAUGUGAUUUCUAUCUGGUGUGCGAGACAAAGUCAGCCCACAUAAGGGCUACCUGUUACUGUCACGCAGCAGCCAUGUUAGAAAUGGCGCACCUGUAUAGAAAGUAUGGAAGGGAUCCUAAGAUCUGUGAAUGGAGCUUGCAGGGGAGGGGGGGGAAUCUUUCACAACACGUCCUGCAUCAGCUCCCUAAAUGGGUUAUGGGGCCUCCUAGGAAUGGCAGGGGGAUGCUGUGCUGAAGUGAUCAAGGGGGGGUGGGAUUCAUAGAAAUCAUGGACUUUCCCUUGUGCCAGUAGAAGUGCUUCACUUGUACUGCCAGAGUUUUGGACCCAGCACACACUUUCCUUUCUGGGCAUCCCUUGUAUUUACAUCACUUACCAUUCAUAAUCGAUGUUUGUACUUGGGUAUUUUGAACCUAUAUAUAAAAUACCUUUUAGGGAGUGGCCAUUAAAUGCAACAUCAAAUAAUGUCCUGUAUUACUUUGGAAUUAGUUGGAUUAGUAAAAACUGCAUUUUCAUCCCUGCAUGAGCUGGCUUGGCACUUCAACAUGAAAACUAACCGAAAAAAUCAUUUCUUUUUUUAAGAAGAAAUGCCCUAAGCUUUCUGUUGCAGGAAGAAGUUGUCUCUUGCUUUCCCAUUGCUUCUCUUGUUUUGAACAUCCCAGAUCAGCUGAAGUAUACAUGCCCAUAUAUCACGUGACUGCUCUUGAACGUCCUGUGUUUCAGAAGUUCUGCCCAUGGCAUUUGACCUAUGAAAGCUGUUUCACAUGUGCAGGUUGCAGUCAUGUGAUGAAUAUGCAGGUGUGAAUUUACCUAAGUCAUGGAAUGUAAUAGUCCAAGUCAACCAGACCUGUACACAGCAGAAUGCCAUUUACAUUCCAUGAGGAUUUUGCUUAUUUUCUGUAGUUGUCUUUUUAAAAAAUAUCUGGGCCUAUUUUCCCUUAAAAUAUUUUGAGAACUUUAUUAAAUGACCUUAAUUAUGUAGUGAGAACUGCAGCAAUAUAAAUAAUUUCUUGAUCUACCUAGAAUAUUAUUUAAGAACUGAUGGGAAAUUAUUGAAAAGGUGUGAAACACUUUAAUAUUGUAUUAUUGUCUUUGUUCAUGUAGCAAUUAAAUAAAUGGAGCAUUUCAUAUUAAAAAUCCUUGCUAUUAAAAAUUGUAUAUAA